AUGAGGCUCAGGAUUCCGGAUCUUGUCUCACGACCCAACGAGGUGCCCGUCGUGGCAGAGACUGCCACCGGCAGCGAUGUAGAGGUCGCUGGUACUCAAGAGAUGAACGAGAAGAACGAGCCACGUACUCAUGUCAUCAGCAAGCUAGAAGAGGAUGGAGUCUCACCAGAAGUGCAACACGGAGUCCAGAUUGCUCAAGCAAUCAAUCAAGUGUGGUCUCGCGAGCAUCUCAUCGCUGCGUACAUCAUAAUCUGGGUCAUAAAUUUCAUCCAGGGCUUUGGAAGCGGUAUUACAGGCACACUAACCCCUUACGUGACUUCAUCGUUCCAGCAGCAUAGUCUCACAGCGACUACAGGCAUCAUCUCAAGUUUGAUCAGUGGUCUCUGGAAACUUCCCUAUGCUAAGAUCCUGGACGUCUGGGGUCGUCCUCAAGGCUUCGCCUUGAUGGUUGCAUCAACUGUGCUCGGGUUCGUCAUGAUGGCUGGUUGCAACAACGUCACAACCUACUGUGCCGCGCAAGUCUUCUAUCAACUCGGCUACAGUGCUAUCGACUUCACUAUCACUAUAUUCGUCGCAGACACCAGCAGUCUACGCAACAGAGCUUGGUGGAUUGCAUACACUGCAUCUCCUUGGCUCAUCAAUACAUGGUGUUAUGGACCAGCAACUAAGUCCGUCCUUGAUACGAUCGGCUUUAGGUGGGGCUUCGGCAUUUGGGCUAUCAUCUACCCUAUCGUCUGUGCUCCUCUGUUCUGGCUCAUGUGGCACAACAUGAAGAAAGCUGAGAAGCAAGGCCUAAUCCCAAAGCACGAAAGUGGACGCACCUGGAAAGAAUCAGUCUACUACUACGCAGUCCAAUUCGACGUAAUCGGCAUUCUCCUCAUCGCCACUGGACUCUCGCUGUUCCUACUGUCCUUCAGCUUGUACUCGUAUCAAGCAGAACAGUGGAAGUCGCCCAUGAUCAUCUGCUUCUUAGUUUUUGGUAUCAUUCUCAUGUUCACCUUCUCUGUCUGGGAAGCCAAGGUCGCCCCAGUAACAUUCAUCCCAUGGCACUUGAUGAAGGACAGAACUGUCAUUUUCACCUUUGCCAUGGUGGCUGCGAUCUAUUCUGGUUACAACAUCUGGUACGACUAUUUCUACAGCAUGCUGAUUGUUGUCUUCAACACCAGUGUUCGCGAUGCAACAUACAUACUCAACAUUUAUACUAUCGGAGCAACUUUCUGGUGCUUGGUUGUAGGUGUGGUUAUUCGCUACAAUGGACGUCUCAAGUGGAUUGCUCUAUACUUCGGUGUGCCGGUCAAUCUCCUGGGCGUCGGUCUGUUGAUCUACUUCCGCCAUCCUGACACCAACAUUGGUUUUAUUGUCAUGUGCCAGAUCUUCGUUGCUUUUGGCGGCGGUACCCUUGUCAUCUGCGAACAGAUGACUGUCAUGGCCGUCAGCAAACAACAGAACAUUCCCGCCAUCCUCGCCUUCGAGUUCAUGAUCGCCAACAUUGGGUCAUCGAUCGGUUCUGCUAUUGCUGCUGCGAUGUGGACCGGUCUCUUUCCCACUAAUCUCGCUAAAUAUCUUCCGGCCUCUGCGCUUCCUGACUUGCAAUCUAUCUAUGGAGAUUUGACCGUCCAGAGCUCUUAUGCUGUUGGUAGUCCUGAGAGAGAUGGCAUCAACAAGGCUUAUGGCGAGACCCAGAAACUUAUGUGUGUUGCAAGUACUUGUUUGUAUGCGACGAUCAUUGUGUGGGUCAGUCUUUGGAAGGAGAUUAAUGUUAAGGGCAUGAAGCAGACUAAGGGGUUGACCAUGUAA